GCUGAACGAGAUGAAGCGCUGUGAGGUGAUGUACAUGCGCUUGCUGCGAAGCACCGAUGGGCCAGGAGCCGCCGCCGAUGUCGCCGAGCCGGAGUCUGAAGCCGCGGUGGCGAUGUCGCUUUCUGCGCCCGUCGCGCCCGUGGCCGCGGUUGCAUCGGAAUCAGACAGUGCCUCGCACCGGCGCCGGCGCUUUCCCAGUGCCCCGGAAAGAGACAGCGACGAAGAG